AUGUUAUCGCCCCGGCCCUCCCGCUUACUAAAUCCUGAAGCAGACCUGGACAGCAGCCGUCCUUCCUUCCACUUCUCGCAUGGAGGCAACAGCGCCGUAGCGAAUACCUCAGCUUGUCCUGCAACCUCCACCACCCCACCACCCUUCGCCAUGCCUCCAGCCAUUUCUUCUCAACUUUCCGGUCAUUCUCAGCUCCUACAGCACGAACCUGACAAGCCUCCCAUUCGCACGAAACGUCGUUAUGGUGCUUCUUGCGAACUCUGCCGAAGGCGAAAGAGGAAAUGUCCGGGAAGAGAUAGCACAGGAAAGACGCUUUGUACACAUUGCAGUGAAGUUGGGGUAAAAUGCGUAUUUCCACCGAACGGAAAAAACUCAAGACUACCAAAACCAGUGCCUUCCACCUCUGAUUCCAGCAAUAAAGAGGCCGAUAUACUCAGAAAAUAUAUUCGUCGACUUGCAAUCGCAGAAAGCGAAGAACGAGAUCAGAUGCUCAGUCAAUGGUUAAAGGACGAUGGAGUCAAUCACUUGGAACUCAGUGUCGCAAGCUUGAGCUCAAGGCAUACAAGUCAAGGCAUUGGUAGCGACGAUGAUGACUUCGACUCACCCUCUGCACGUAUGGAAAGCGAGAAAGAACGGGCAAGACCCCACAAAAAACUGAAGACUCGAGAGGGAAGAAGGUCUAGGUCUCCCUCUGCAGACGAAAGCAUUGACCAGGACGACUCGCAGUGGCGUCCCGAAUCUGCCGAAUCUGCCCUUCGAUUAUGUCUCAAACCAGCGACCCCAGCCGACUCAGACAACUCGUCUGUUGCCGGAGACGAUAAUGGACGACCGAUUCCACCGAAUCAACAGGUUUCAACUUGGGUCGAUUAUUACAUUUCUACUUCGUUUCGCAUGUCAGAAUCCGAAGGGCCUACCCCCGAAAACAGUCAGAUUCUAUUAAAUAAUUACUUCUGCUGGCAAGGUCCAAGGAAUUCAAUCAUCGAUCAAAAAGUUUUUGAGUCCGCUAUGAGAGAGAAUGACCUCAGAUACUUCAGCCCCUUCCUCUUGUAUGCCAUUUACACGCAUACCAUCCGCCACGUACCUCAUCUGGCUGAGAAAGCCCCCGAAUACACGGCCAAAACACACCUUCUAUUAUCGAGCGCAUUGAGUCGCCCCAGCAGCAUCCCGACCAUCCAGGGUAUGCUUCUACUGGCAGCAAACCACGCAGCACGUGGCAUGUACGCACAGUCUUGGUGUCUAACUGCAUCUGCAAUUGGAAUGAUCAUCGAUCUGGAGUGCCACCUCGAUAAACCCGUUGAAGACGAAAAUCAGUCUGAACGAGCGUAUAUGCAAAGGCAGAUGCGACUACGAGUGUUCUGGGCCGCCUAUAAUUGGGACAAGAUGCUAUCACUCUCACUAAAUAGAAACCCUUUGCUCAGUUUGGAAGAGCAUUAUCCUCCGCUCCCUGAUCCGGUAGACUGCGAUGAUUUGUGGAAGCCCGUUCUGUCGCCAGAUUCUCCGAGGCCGCUCUUUGGAUACGUGCCACAACCCUGCCAUGAAGCAAAAUGUUUUUAUGAGUGUUGCCAAGCAAAUCAGUUUUUGGACGAGAUUCAUCGAAACUUAUACAGAAAGAAGAUGCGACCGCACCACGUCCACGAGUUCGUAUCCAACAUGCGUCAAAGGUUGAUGGAAUGGCAACACAAGGCAAGCAAAGCCGUCAUACGGGACUUUGAGAAACAAUCAAUGCCACCGCCGCCACAUAUCCUACAAUUGAAUCUAUUGGUGCAGCUGAUCUGGAUCUUACUCUAUCGGCCCUUUUAUUAUAUGUCCUCCAGGGACUCGACCAAAGCCAUUCCGCAUGCUGUUGCUAUGUGCGAAAGCGCCGCAGAAAAAAUCAGUGAUAUUUUCAUCCUCUACGAUUUCCAUUAUCCGCUCGGCAGGGCAUCCUAUCUCGUCAUAUUCGCCGCAUUCUUAGCAGCAACUGUUGAUCUUGCUUUAUCCAAUAGACAAAAAUCCGGAUCAUCGGCGAUCCUCAGUCGAUUAGCUCUAGCCAGUAGAGUCCUGAAUGGAGGUUCCGAUAACAUCCCAGGAAUGCAGUCUUCUGUUCAAAGUCUCCAGAGGCACCUCCAUGAGACCAUGUGUCAUUACAAUCUGGACGGCUCCCCUACAAUAACCUCAACCUCUUCUCCUGCAUCGGCAACGACUCCUGAAAAACACGAUCAUAGUCCAACUCCCCCUUUGACAUCCCGAGAUAUGAGACAUCCUUCCCAAUCGGCCUCUCCAGAGAUGAAUACCCCUCCCGCAUCUGGUCACAUCCCACACCCCAAAAUAGUCUCAUAUCAAGCGCAAUCUCCGCCACAUGCCCAGCCUUCGGGAGUUUCGAACGGGAACCCUUAUCCCUCUGGACGUGUUAACCCACCUCCUAUCGACACUUAUUCCUCUAGCCAAACGAAGAUGGCCUAUGAUCACUUAUCUGCUCAGCAGCACCAACAAGUCCAUCAGUAUCAGGCCUACGCCUCCUCACCUGAAAUAUCAUUGAUACCUCCCGUCGCAUCCUAUCGCCUCCCGCGAACAGUCGAACAUUCACAAACGCAGCAUGUACCAUCUUAUACUCCGGCGGGCGGUGACCAUUAUCAUUCACAUAGUCGGCGGGAUUCAUUGAUGUCGGCUCCGGAUACCUCUCAGCAUUAUUCCCCCAUAUCACCCCAGCGAGCAAGUCCCGAAGAGCAAGGGCAACCGAGGGGAAUGGACUACCAUAUGCACUACCAACAACCUUGCAAUGCCUGGUUCUGGCCUGAUGAGAACUACGGUUACAGUCAAUGGCAAUCCAAUUCUGCCUAA